AUGGAGUUGGAGUUGUUUGAUGUAUGGGGGAUUGAUUUCAUGGGACCAUUCCCACCCUCAUACUCGAACAACUGUAUAUUGGUGGCUGUGGAUUAUGUGUCAAAAUGGGUAGAGGCCAUAGCUACAUCAACAAAUGAGAACAAGGUUUUGAUAAGUUUUUUGAGAAAAAACAUAUUCAGCCGAUUUGGGGUUCCAAGAGCACUCAUAAGUGAUGGGGGGACACAUUUCUGUAAUAAGCAACUUGAAACACUCCUCCUAAAGUAUGGAGUCAAGCACAAAGUGGCAAUCCCAUACCAUCCACAGACCAACGGGCAAGCUGAGAUUUCAAAUAGAGAACUCAAAAGAAUCCUUGAAAAGACUGUUGGAAACUCAAGAAAGGAAUGGUCCAAAAGGCUGGAUGAUGCACUAUGGGCUUACAGGACAGCCUUCAAGACACCUAUUGGGAAGCUAAAGUCAAGAUGGUAUGGACCCUUCACAAUCUUCAAGGUGUCUCCCUAUGGGCAUGUGGAGCUUAUGGAGGACAAGACACAGAGGACUUUCACUGUCAAUGGCCACAGGCUUAAGCACUACUUGGGGGAGUCAUUGGAUGAGCAGAGAUUGAGCUAUAAUCUCAAUUGA